UCGCAUCUCAAACCGAGAAGCGGUUCAUCCUCUCCAAGUGGACGCGCUUCUGGUUUCAGAACCCGAUUGAUUUGACGCCGCCUGUGUUUCAGCAAGAUCGCCGACUUGCAUUUGCUCUUUGGCAAUGGGACCAUAAAAGAACAAAUUCCAUCCCAUUAAGAAAAAAAUUGACGGGGGACGUUAAUAAAUACGACUCGGGAAGACACAUCACAAAGAAGUGGACAUGGAAAAGCGCAGAGGAGAUGCUAUGUAAAAGACUGACCAGGGCGCAUAUUGGAUUUACUUAUCGACUAGAAAAUUUUGCUGUAAAAGGUUUCUAGCAUUUCUUCAGGUACAUUUAUUAGUGUUACAAACAAGAAUGAACCGAAAGCAGAUGUCAAGGUGCUGGAGCGUGCCGAUGCUCUCCGUCCUCCUGGCUGUCUUUUUGGCGCCGUUGUUUGCACAUGGUAACACUGUGGUGGGUAACGAAACCGAGGCGGAUAUUUCUUUUAAUGUGACCUCCUCGCCCACCGAAGGUGCAGAAGAGAAGAUUGAGGAGGUGUCACGGUCCACCAUCGCCACGGUCCUGACUCUUCUCACCGAACAAAAGCACAGGGAAGAAGAAGCCAGCGGCAUGCUGGAGGAGGUCUUUUCACCAACUCCUAAUAGCACUAAGGUCGCCACGACCACCUUGGCACCCCCGGAGAUCAGCCCUGACUCUGCUGAGACCGACCACUUGUUACCCACAUCAUUUAUAGAGGAAGAUGAACCAGAAGAGGAGGACGACUACGAGAGGCCGCAUGUGUCUACACAACCACCCUUCCAGGGCAUGGAAGACGAGGAGACGACUGUGUUUGACCUCGAUAAUAACACGUUACCUCCUACGGUCCCCUCCACCACCUCCCCCCCUUCUCCCGCCGACGUCACCGUAGAUUUCUUCGACUCUGACCCCCGGCGUAAGAACCUUGACCCGCCAUCCCUGUCACCCCAUGAGCUUCAGGGCCGCGACCCCACCUCCUGGGCCAUGCCGGGCAAUUACGACUACAUGACGCCAUACGACGACAGUGUGUCUCCCACUACAGAUGAUUACACCAGCACUACCGAAACCUACGAUGAUGAUAUUUCUACCACCCCUCCACCCAAGCCCCUCCCACCACAGUUUGCCAACCCUGAUAACACGCUGAUCAAGGUAGCCACUGUGGAGGAGAGUCCUCGCAUUCCACCAAGUGAAUCCAGCAAUGGAUGUCAGCAGGGUUUUAUUCUUAUCAACGGCACCUGCAGGUCUCCAUGCGACCUGAAGCCCAACUACUGCUUCAAUGGGGGCCAGUGUCACAGCCUGGAUGGAACUCAGGUGUUCUGCAGGUGCAACAUCCAGGACUACAUGUGGCACAGGGGGUCACGCUGCGAGUCGGUCAUCACCGAGUUCCAGGUGAUGUGCAUCGCCAUCGGCUCCUCCACCCUCAUGGUUCUGCUGCUCUUCAUGACCAUCGUUUGCUUCGCCAAGAAGCUGCACGUGCUCAAGACCGAGAAUAACAAAUUGCGCAAGCACAGCAGUAAAAAACGUCCUUCCUCGGAGCACCACAAUGAUAAUUUCUCGUUGUCCACGAUCGCUGAGGGCUCCCAUCCAAAUGUAAGGAAACUUUGUGACACCCCUCCUAACGUUCCUCAUGCCCGUGCUUUGGCUUACUAUGAUAACAUUAUCUGUCAGGAUGAUCCUAAUGCCCAGAACAAGUUGGAGGACCCCGUGAAGGCCCCCCCACCCAAAGAGGACGAGUCGUUGAACAUCCAGAACUCGCUCACCCCCAAGCACGAGAACCAUAAGGUGCUGGGCGAGGAGAAUUCUUCGGAGGUAAACUCGCUGCAGAACAACAUGAUGUAGAAGAGCUAAACUAAAGCACUCCACCACGAUCACUUAAAGCAUCAAACAACAGGUGCUAUGUGCAGCCACACCCACCACUUCAUCACAUGAGAGAAAACCCCGCCCCUUGUACCCACUCAGUCUCCACCCCUGCCCCAGCCCUUGUUGCAGUAUUUUUGCCCUGUAGUUGACCUGCCCCUGACCCAACCCUUAUCUAUAUAUAUUGUAUACACACCUACCCCUGCCUAAGUGAAUUAUGGCAUGCGUUGGUGUAUAUUGUAAAAAGGAAAAAAACAAAUUCGGGGUUUAAAAUAUAAGAUAUAAAACGUUGUCAUUAAAGAAAAAGCUACUGAGAGGUUUUGAUGUUUGUCUGACUAAUUCAGUGAGUAUGUAUAAAUAUAUGAAAAAAAUGCUUGGAUUGAUAUAAAGAAAAAACACAAUGUGUCUUUGUUCUGAUGUGAUUUCUAAUCCUUUGAUGUACUUGUUUUAUUUUGUACUUUUUUGGGAAUAUAAACUACGUGCAGAAAAACCUUCUGACAGUUGUUGAAAUAAACCUUUUUAACACUAAA